GCCCUUUGGCAUUGCGUUAGGCCUUAAUUAUCUGAAAUCGGAUAAUACGGCCACUAUAAAAAUUGCUGUCGAUUUUAGAGAACUGUUAUUUCAAUCCCACUUGAACGUAAAAGAAAGGCCAAAAGCAACAAAUGGGUAACCAUCGCUUCAGCAUCGAUUGAUUACUUUGUAAACGCUUUGUGUGUGUCGUUUAGGAACCAAGAUUGAAUGAACAAAAUGUCGCUAACAAGUUUGCUACCUGCACCGACCCAGGCUGUUUGGGAUCGUGAAGAUGAGGCAAGGGAACAGAAGCUCCGGCAGAGACCGGUCUCUGCUCUUGUUAAAGCUGUGGUAACAGCUCCGCCCUAUGGGCAAAGAAAAGGAUGGGUACCGCGCAGUGCAGAGGACUUUGGAGAUGGCGGAGCGUUUCCGGAGAUCCAGGUCGCUCAGUAUCCUCUUAGCAUGGGAAUGAAAGGAAAGGAAGCCACCAGCAAUGCGCUUGCUGUGCAGCUCGAUGCGCAGGGAAAAGUGAAGUACGAUAUGAUCGCUAGACAAGGACAUUCCAAAGACAAGAUUGUCUAUACCAAACUGAGCGAUCUGCUUCCCUCUGAAAUAACGACCGAAGAUGAUCCUGCACUGCAGCGUCCCUCCGGCGAUGAUAUCGACGAAAUCACCGAAAAAACACGGAGAGCUCUUGAGAAAAUAACUGAAUCUAAAAUAGCAGCGGCUAUGCCAGUUCGGUGCGCAGAAAAGCAGGGACCUGCUCAAUAUAUUCGUUACACCCCGUCGCAGCAGGGACAGUCAUUCAACUCCGGUGCUAAGCAGAGGGUGAUCAGAAUGGUAGAGGCACAAGUCGAUCCCAUAGAACCACCGAAAUUCAAAAUUAACAAAAAGAUCCCUCGCGGACCUCCGUCGCCACCUGCUCCCGUCAUGCAUUCCCCAACGAGAAAAGUUACUGUUAAAGAGCAGAAGGAGUGGAAGAUUCCUCCCUGCAUUAGUAAUUGGAAGAACGCUAAGGGUUACACCAUCCCUCUUGAUAAACGUCUAGCUGCCGAUGGUCGUGGCUUGCAACAGGUUCACAUAAACGAGAAUUUUGCCAAACUGGCCGAAGCUCUUUACAUUGCGGACAGAAAAGCUCGUGAAGCGGUGGAAAUGCGCGCACAAUUGGAAAGGAAAUUGGCACAGAAAGAAAAGGAAAAGAAAGAAGACAAUCUGCGUCAGCUCGCGCAAAAGGCUAGGGAGGAACGAGCUGGAAUAAAGUCUGCUGCGGCGCUUGACAAGGCUGGGGAAUCGCGAGAGCGUGAUCAAUUACGUCAAGAACGUCACAAGGAUAGAGCACGAGAUCGUAAUUUGGCUCGUGCCGCUCCUGACAAGCGUUCGAGACUGCAACGCGAACGCGAACGUGAUAUAAGCGAACAAAUCGCGCUGGGAUUGCCGGCAAAAUAUGUUCCUAAUUCCGGAGAGGCGCAGUUUGAUCAGCGUCUAUUUAAUACAACGAAGGGAAUGGACAGUGGCUACGGCCACGAGGAUGAGUACAACGUCUAUGACAAACCCUGGAGGGACUCGAGCUCAAUUGGAUCACACAUAUAUCGACCUAGCAAAAAUAUUGACAAGGAUAAUUACGGUGAUGAUCUGGAAAAACUUGUCAAGACAAAUAGAUUCGUUCCUGACAAAGAAUUCAGCGGAACCGAUAGAUUCGCGACGCGAUCUGGUCCUGUGCAGUUUGAAAAGGACGAAGAAGAUCCGUUCGGUCUUGAUCAGUUCUUGACCCAAGCUAAACGCGCGAGCAGCAGCACAACUACUACAACAAAACGCAAGGAUGACCGAGAUCAACGACGGGACGAUCGCGACAAACGCAGAAAACACUAAUCUAAUCCUCAUCGUUAAUGUAAUUUUAUAUUACACAUUUACGAGUGCUUUUUUUUUGUACCCGUACAAAAGAGUAAAAUUCAAUCUUUUCACAUAAUUGUAAUUUACAAUCUACAGUACCAAUUACUGUCUUCACUACUGUACGCAUUCUUAUUACAUAAUUAAUAAUAAUAAUAAUAAUAAU